AUGUCACGUUCUUCUCGUACAGGUGAACUUGAAUUUGAUCCAGAGAUCGAGAAAACCACUCGUAGACUUCGAAAAGAAACCAAGCGACAUAAGGAAGAGGCUUCUACUUCUUCCAAACCAGCAGCAGACUCUGAGUUAGACGUGUCCACGUCUAACGACUCUAAAGACGAAGUCAUGGCCCAAAAUCCCGAACGAACGAUCAAAGAGAUGACUUCGCUUGACUUAAAUCAACAACCACUCUGCAUUGAAUAUCCUAAUUUAGAUGUUGAUUUUGAACUUAAAUCCGGUCUCAUCCACUUACUUCCCAUUUUUCGUGGCCUUGCAGGUGAAGACCCACACAAACACCUCAAGGAAUUUCAUGUGGUGUGUUCCGGCAUGAGACCUCAAGGAGUCACCGAAGAACAAGUCAAGCUAAGAGCUUUUCCAUUCUCAUUGGGCGAUAAAGCAAAAGAUUGGCUCUACUCCUUACCUUCGGGAUCUAUUGUUAGUUGGAACGAACUCAAGAAACUAUUUCUUGAGAACUACUUCCCUGCUUCAAGGACUACAAACAUCCGAAAGGAAAUAAGUGGAAUACGCCAAUUCUCCGGUGAAAGUUUCUAUGAGUAUUGGGGAAGAUUCAAACAAUUGGUGGAGAGUUGCCCUCAUCACCAAAUUCCCGACCAUCUUCUAAUUCAAUAUUUUUAUGAAGGAUUGUCUGAGGCAAAUAGAAGCUUGGUGGAUGCAGCUAGUGGAGGUGCUUUGUAUGACAAAACUCCUACUGAAGCACGCAAACUAAUCACAACCAUGGCGGCUAAUAAUCAACAAUUCGGUAAUAGAAACGACAACCCCCCACAAAGGGUAAACGAGGUAAGUACUUCUCUUGAUGAACGUUUGGAUAAACUUACUUCUCUUGUUGAAAAAUUUAUAGGGGGAAGCAUUCAACAAGCCAAAACUUGUGGGAUAUGUACAUCUUCGGGACAUUACACUGACGCUUGUCCUACACUUCACGAAGAAUCAACCGAACAUGCUGACGCCGUUGGUAGAUUUUCUCAACAACAACAAAGGAGAUAUGACCCAUUUUCCAAUACCUAUAACCCCGGAUGGAGAGAUCACCCAAAUUUGAGUGGAAAAGAGCUACAGUCCGAAAUUAGCAUUAAGCAUGGGGACGCACAACAAGGCACAACAGAGGAAGAGCUUGAAAAAUCCAAACAAAUCAGCAAUGACAUUCCUACGGCAUUGGUGACAAAACCACCCUUCCCGGAAAGGUUUGCUAAGGGUAAAAAAGAAGGAGAAGAGAGGGAAAUCUUCGAAACUUUCCGUAAAGUGGAGGUAAACAUUCCAUUACUUGACGCAAUUAAACAAAUACCCCGCUAUGCCAAAUUUCUCAAAGAACUGUGCACCAACAAAGGAAAGUUGAAAGGCAAUGAAAGGGUAAGUAUGGGGGAGAAUGUGUCCGCAAUUCUCCAACAAAAACUACCCCCCAAAUGCAAAGACCCUGGUAUGUUUUCUAUCCCUUGUAAAAUUGGUUUAAUAGGUAUUAAGAGAGCCAUGUGUGAUUUGGGUGCUUCUAUAAAUGUCAUGCCUCUUACUAUCUUUAAAUCUUUGAAUGUUGGUCCAUUAAAAGAAACGGGUGUUGUGAUUCAACUUGCUGAUCGUUCUAUUGUUUAUCCUGAAGGAGUCCUUGAAGAUGUUUUAGUAGAAGUUAAUGAAUUGGUUUUUCCUGCUGAUUUCUUUGUGAUAGAUAUGAGGGAAGAUAACUCCCCCAAUUCUACAUCUAUUUUGUUAGGAAGGCCAUUUCUUAAAACCGCUAGAACAAAAAUUGAUGUCCACAAUGGUACUCUCACUAUGGAAUUUGAUGGUGAAAUUAUAAAAUUUAAUAUAUAUGAAUCCAUGCGAUAUCCUAGUGAUGUACCUACUGCUUUCUUUUUGGAUGCACUUCACCCUGUUGUGCAGGAAUUGACAAAUUAUGAUAAUGAAGACCACGCCAAUGCAUCCAAAAAGAAAGCAGUAGGUACAUCACUAGGAUUACCCAAGCAUCUAAAGUAUGCCUUCUUAGGAGAAAACGACACUCUACCGGUGAUCAUCUCUAGCAAGCUUUCCUCCUUAGAAGAGGAAAAAUUGAUCCGUGUGCUUCGAGAGUUCCGAGAGGCCAUUGGUUGGACCAUAGCCGACAUCAAGGGGCUAAGCCCUUCUACGUGCAUGCAUAGGAUUCUGCUUGAAGAAGGAGCCAAACCAUCACGAGAGGCACAACGUCGAUUGAACCCGCCUAUGAUGGAAGUGGUAAAGAAAGAAAUUUUAAAACUUCUUGAUGCAGGUUUUCAUCAAAUACCCGUGGCACCAGCCGACCAAGACAAAACAACCUUCACGUGCCCCUUCGGCACAUUUGCCUAUCGACGAAUGCCCUUCGGAAUAGAAGUCGAUCCAGCUAAAAUUGAUGUCAUAAAAUCCCUACCUUACCCCGCUAGUGUGCGGGAGAUUCGCUCUUUUCUUGGUCAUGCAGGAUUUUAUAGACGGUUCAUUAAGGAUUUCUCCAAGAUAACUCAACCCCUGUGCAAGUUGUUGCAAAAGGAUGAGACAUUCGUGUUUGAUGAAGCAUGCAAACUGGCAUUCGACAAGUUGAAAGAUUCUUUGACCUCCGCACCAAUAAUUCAACCUCCAAAUUGGAAACUACCAUUUGAGGUCAUGUGUGAUGCAAGCAACCAUGCUAUUGGCGCCGUUCUAGGCCAACGAGUUGGAAAGGACCCUCAUGUCAUCUACUACGCUUCAAGGAUGUUAGACAACACUCAAAGCAAUUACACCACCACGGAAAAAGAACUAUUAGCUGUUGUCUUUGCUUUAGAAAAGUUUCGUUCUUAUUUGCUUGGUACUAAAGUGAUUGUUUAUUCUGAUCAUGCAGCACUUAGGUACCUCUUGUCAAAAAAAGACGCAAAGCCAAGGCUCAUACGGUGGAUACUCUUACUACAAGAGUUUGACUUAACCAUUAAGGACAAAAAGGGGGCGGAAAAUCUCGUUGCCGACCAUCUCAGUCGAUUAAUAAUCGACGGACAUUCACCCCCUUUAAAAGAUGAAUUCCCGGAUGAACAACUCCUCGCCACACAAGGAAUAAUCCCAUGGUACGCUGAUCUAGUAAAUUUCCUUGCUACUAAUGCUUUGCCUAAUGAUUUGUCUAGAGCAAAAAGAGAAAAAAUUAGAAGUGAUGCAAAGUACUAUGUGUGGGACGAUCCAUAUUUGUGGAAGUAUUGCUCAGAUCAAAUCAUAAGGAGGUGCGUACCCGAAUCCGAAGUUACAUCUAUUCUUGAAUUUUGUCACUCUCAUGCUUGUGGGGGGCAUUUUGGGCCUAAACGAACAGCAUUGAAAGUGUUAGAAUGUGGUUUAUUUUGGCCAAAUUUGUUUAAGGAUUCCUAUCGAUUCUGCAAAUCUUGUAAGAAUUGCCAAAUGACGGGAAAUCUCGGUCCCCGUGAUCAAAUGCCCCUAACCUCCAUACUUGUGUGUGAAAUCUUUGAUGUAUGGGGAAUUGAUUUUAUGGGACCAUUUCCCUCAUCCUUUGGUAAAUCUUACAUCAUUCUUGGGGUAGAUUAUGUAUCUAAGUGGAUUGAAGCAAAAGCCACACGUACGGAUGAUGCUAAAACUGUCAUAGAUUUUGUGAAGACUAACAUCUUUUCUCGGUAUGGGAUGCCUAGAGCCAUCAUUAGUGAUCGAGGGACUCACUUUUGCAAUAAGAUGGUAAGUGCUUUGUUCAAAAAGUACAAUGUAACUCAUCGAGUCUCCACUGCCUACCACCCGCAAACAAAUGGUCAAGCCGAAGUCUCCAAUCGUGAGAUCAAGUCCAUACUUGAAAAGACGGUCAAUCCCAAUCGCAAGGAUUGGAGCGUUCGCUUGGAUGAUGCGUUAUGGGCUUACCGCACUGCAUACAAGACUCCAAUAGGUAUGUCCCCGUACCGUUUAGUUUUUGGUAAACCUUGUCAUCUUCCUGUUGAACUUGAGCAUAGGGCUUUUUGGGCAAUCAAACAACUCAACAUGACGAUGGAUGAGACGGGGUGUCAAAGAAAAUUGCAACUCCAAGAGCUUGAGGAAAUUCGAAAUGAUGCUUACGAAAACUCAAAGAUCUAUAAAGACAAGACUAAAAUUUUCCAUGAUCAAGCCAUCUCAAGAAAAGUCUUUGUUAUUGGGCAAAAAGUGCUGCUUUUUCAUUCCAAACUUAAACUUUUUCCGGGUAAGCUGCGUUCUCGUUGGAUUGGACCUUUUGUUGUGACUCAUAUUUUUCCUCAUGGUGCAGUUGAAAUCAAAAGUCCAACCACUCAAAAAGUGUUCACGGUGAAUGGGCAUAGGCUUAAACCAUUCUACGAAGGUUUUCAAUCAACUUUAGUAGACAAAAUACAACUCAUGGAACCCACCAUCACCUAG